GGCGAUCAUUGCCUCUGGAUGAUAUUUUGUCAUGGGGGAUUGGUGAUGAUGAAGAAAGCUAUGGAGCUGGAAGGACGAAGGCUGUUUUAUUGCUUGAGGCCGAUCUGCUCCGUUAUUUUUUCUGCUUCGAUCUGGAUUAGUCUCCGGAAAUUGCACCCAAAGCAUAAAUAUAUUAGUCAUGGCUAAGCACAGCACUGGCAGCAAGAAGAAAAGUCGUAUUGUAAAGCUCAAGAUUGUUGUGGAAAGACUACACAGAAGUCUUUUAUUGGGUAGGAAAUCGAAUUCCUACUAUGUGCCGGAAGAUGUGAAGGAAGGACACUUUGCAGUGAUGGCUGUGGGCUAUGAACAGCCGAAGAGAUUUGUGAUUCCGUUGAGUUAUUUGAGUCACCCGAGGUUUUUGCAGCUGUUGGAGCAAGCAGCAGAAGAGUAUGGUUUUGAUCAUGCGGGUGCAUUGACAAUCCCUUGCCGCCCAUGUGAACUUGAGAGGAUAGUAGCCGAGCGAUAGCAGGAUGGAGAUGGAGACUCUAGUGAUCAUACUGUUGGUGUCAACUGGGGGACUUAUGAAACUAUGGUGAAAAUUUGCUGAAAGAAGUUUAAUUUCUUCUUCUUAAGUUCAUUGUAGUAGGCACUUCUAAUGAUAACUUCUUAUGAUUUAACUGAAAUAAAUGCUAUGAUUUGAAUGAGUUCUAA